AUGCGUUUAGACUUGCCACAUAACGCCGAUCGUGUGCGGGGGUCUUGCUGCCAUGGCGUUCCGUUUUACAAAAGCCCCAGUCAGGAGCAGAGGUACAGGAGUCUGGUACAGCGGUACAGGAGGAGGCUGAGGGCUGCACACAACAAAUUCUCAGACGUCCCUGACAACACUGUGGUCCAGGGACGAUUCCAUAGCUAUAUUGAGGAUGGUGGAAUCAUCUACCGAUGUGUGCGUGGACCAGGUGAGUCGGAGCCAGAGCAGGUUCUCAAUGUAGAGUGGCUUAAAGAAGAAGGAGGUGGAAGGGAGGUGGAAGAGGAGGACGAUGAAGAUGAAGACCAGGGGACAGUCCAGAGGGUGCGUCUGUCCCCUGGCGAACGCCUGCUGGCCGCCACAGUCAAUAUCCCCACAACCGGGGGAAGCCAGGUAAGUGUGGUUCUGCUGACAGACGUGACAUCUCCGCCACCCCACCGUCCGCUGCUCAUUCUGGACAAUGUGUUCAGCUUUGAAUGGGCAUCAGAUGGCAUACUCUUCUACACCAAGCAGGAGGGUCUAAAAUGUCAGAGUGUGUAUCGCCUGGACUUAACUGACUUUGGAGUCCGUACCUCUCUAGUAUACGAAGAACCUGACCCUGAGUUCUUUGUGGAGGUGGGGCGUUCAGCUGAUGGACAGCUGAUGACGCUCAACAGCACCAGUAAGAGCAGCUCAGAGGUCAGAGCCAUCCUUAGCUCCGCCCCUGGACACGCCCCUGUCUUGGUGCAGCCCCGGCAACCAGGACUGGUCUACUACAUUGAGCAUGGUCAUGGCCAACUCUACAUCCUUGCCAACACAGGGCCUGAGCAGGAGUAUCAGCUUCUGAAAGCCUCCCUCUCGGCUCUGUCCAUGCCCUGCUGGGAGCCCCUCUACACGCCCCCAUUAGGCUGGGGGGUCAGAGACAUGGAGCUGCUACAGGACCACUGUGUAUUUGCCCUCAGGCACCCGGACGGACGACUAGUCUUGCAGUCAGUGUCUUUGAAGGACCCUUCCUGUGUGACAUCCCUGGAGCUGCCGUGCUGGGCGUGUGCGUAUGAGAGCCAGAGGGUGUCCCAGACAGGCAGGCCUGGUAGCCUGCGCUUCCUCCUCUCCUCCCCGGUGUGGCCCCCCAGUGUGUUCGCCUACUGCCCCCACACGCACCGGCUACUGGUGCAGCAGGGGGCCCCAGACCACAUGGACGGGCCCCCAGAGCUGCACUACCACACCACACGCCUCCAGGCCCCCAGUGAGGAUGGCACCAUGGUUCCCCUCACACUGCUCCACAGGGCUCCCCUGUCUGAUCUGAGACCAGCCCCCCUGUUGGUGCACGUGUACGGGGCUUAUGGCCUGGAGCUCAACAUGGCCUUCAGCCCGGACAGCAGGCUGCUACUGGACGCUUGUAGGGACCGUGGGUGGGCCCUAGCAUACUGCCACAUCAGGGGUGGAGGUGAGGGUGGCCUAGGCUGGCACCGGGCAGGCCGGCUGGAGGGUAAGCAGAGGGGGGUUGAGGACCUGGUGGCCUGCCUGCGGAGGCUCCAUGAGUUGGGGGUGUCCUCUCCAGGCCGCACCGCCUUGACCGCCCGCAGUGCCGGAGCUGUGCUGGCGGGGGCGCUGUGCAACCAGCAGCCUCAGCUGCUCAGGGCUGUUACACUACAGGCACCUUUUCUGGACGUCCUGUCCACCAUGGAGGACCCCAGUCUGCCGCUGACCAUAGAGGAGAGGGGGGAGUGGGGCGACCCUCUCAGCAGCCCCCAGCACAGGGACAACAUCGCCUCCUACUGCCCCUGCUGCAACAUUACACCACAGCACUACCCCUCUAUGCUGAUCACAGCCUACAGGGGGGAUAGUCGAGUGCCCGUGUCGGGCGUGGAGAAGUACGUAGCCAGCCUGAGGGCCGCCGUCCACACACACUCCACUCAGGCCGCGACCAAACCUGAACCUGAAACCCAAGUGAUUCUGGACCUGCAGCCUGGUGGGGACCAUUUUGGACCAGAGGCCUUUGAUCUCUCCCUGUGUGAGAAUGCAAGGCAGAUGGCCUUCCUGCACAUGGAGCUUGGCCUGGACCAGCCUGGCGGGAAGGAGAAGGGGAAACGCAGAGGGUGAAGAUGUCCUGUGCCAAACCUUUCGCCAAAGUGCACUGCGGUGCAGUCACUAUUACUUGUGCAUCUUUCACUAAGUAUUGUCUUGUUGUCUUGUGUGAAUGCAGUUUUCAAAGAAACAAAAACAGCAAGACACGUGUUACAUGAUGCAAAACAUUCUUGUAUAUAUUUUCACAACUCAUUGUCUUUUAAUUUUAAUAAAAAAUACAUGCACAUUUAAACAUC